GGUCAACCACCACCAAGAAAUGAAACAGCCUAUGAGAUUUGCCUUGCGUCGUUUCAGAUCCUUGCAAGGUGGAUGACGUAGCAAGACGCGCAAUGUGUAUAAAGUGAUGUCUUCAGCACAGUCUUUCACUCUGCUAGAUUGCAAGAUAAACAAGACGAUAAACGAUACAGCAGAUUCCACAUAAUUUUAUUUGAUAUUCUUCAAAAUGGAGUGGACUAAGGCUACCUAUAACGAGCAGUAUGAGAAGUGGGUUCCUUGGAUAGAGGACGUUUAUCUUCGUUGGUUCACCAAGGACAACAAGACAAGCUAUGCCGCCAAGCAAAACCUCGACAAGACCAAAGUCACUGGCAUUGAACAAGUCGACACUCUCCAAGACGGCGUCCAUAACCUCGCCGCCGGCCAAGUCGGCCAAGGAGGUCUUCUCCAACCCGUCGGCGACCUUGCAUCAAAGGAGGGCGUGAACCGCGCCGAGCGACAAGGCCGUGAUGAGAACGGCGGAUACGUCAACAAGGAUGUUCCAGGCUCCGGAGCCAUGAACAGCACCGCGAAUGCUGUUGUCGGUGGCGGCCAGGGUGCUGCCCAGGGACUACAAGAUGUUGGAAAGGGUGUUGGUAACACCGUUGGCGGACUGCUUGGUGGUAAGAAGGAGUAAAUAAUUUCGAUGCUUCCUUUUGGUGUUUUGGUAAUGGACUUGGAUAAAGGGCUGGGUAUACCCUUCGGCUUCAUGGUCUCGGUAAAGGAUACGAUACAGGGUACGGAUAAGCGAUACUAUUAUGUGAAUGCUUAAUUAUUAUUGGUAAAUACCACGGAGCAUACUCUAUGCUUCAAUACAGAUUGAUCCCCCCUAA